CACACCCGCAGCCUGCGACAAACUUAUAUAUGGCUCAGCGCCUUGUCUGAUUUUACCCUGGUUCUCGCCCAAGGGAAAUACUAUGGCUGAGAAGACGCCAGUUCAAAUGAAUCAUCAGAGCUACAUGCUCAAGCCUCCCUUCUCUCCACAACCUAUUCCUCCAAACUCCAACGCGGAUGCGGAUAAUACUCAGUCAACAGUUGGUAUCACCAAUCAGAGUGGAACCAUUUCUCCUAGCAACACACAACCUUUUCUUCAAUCAUCCACCAGUCAGCCUUUAUCAGCCCUUGACUCCCUUCCCACCAUAACCGGCAAAAGCGACCACAUCAUCAGACCCGAGUAUGAAAUCCCAGCUUUUCUCGCCUUUGACCUCGACCUUGCUCGCCUAAACCGCAUCCAUGGCCACCUCUGGAUGGCCGGCCGUCCCAUGCGCGCCCGUCCUCUGCACCGCUACACAAUGCUCGGCAUGCAAGUCAUCCAAACCCAACAAAUGGACCUGCACCUCCUCAAAUUCAGCUCGAAGCUGCUCAUCAAGCCCCUCCCAGAAUGGAUCCUCUGCCACAAAUUCUGGACCGACUGGAUCUGCAACUACGACGAUGCCGACGGCAAACGCGAACCAGGUUGGCUCUGGAAAAGCGCAGCCGGCUUCCUCGUUAGCUAUGUGUGGCUAGUUACUACACCCUUGGACCUCAAGAUUGCGCAUGAGAACUCGCUGCUUCCGUCGUUUGUAACCUGGCACUGGUGGAAGGCCUUUGUCAGCGAUUUUAUCAGCCAUGUGGAUAUUGAUACGUUGCAUCAGGUUAAUAAGAGGUAUCAGUUUGGGGAUUUGAGGUUGGGCAGGAUUAAUACGACGUAUCGGGUGAGAUAUGCGCAUACGCAUUUUGUGAGGGGGUAUCUAUGGGGCUACAACCGCUACGUCAUCUUCUUCCAGCGCAAAUUCUCCUGGGUCCUGAUCGUCUUCGUUUUCUUCUCUGUCGUGCUAUCAGCCAUGGAAGUCAGUUUCUCGCUUCCCUCCACAUCGCCCAUUUCUCUCGAAAACGAUCAAGCAUUUGUGCAAGCGGCGUUUGCAUUUGUCGUCUUCAGCAUGGUUAGUGUGCUUGUCAUCUUGGCGUUUGUGGUUGUGAUUUUCGUCGGCACGUUUGUGUUCAAUAUGGUCAUGGCGAUUUCGCAUGCGGGGAGUGAGCAGAGGAAGAGGAGGGAGUUGGCGGUGAAGAGGAGGCAGGCCGUGGAGAAUGGGGGGGAGUCUUAGGUGGGUGUUUGGGAGAUGGAAGAUGGAGUUACGUCUUUUUCAACGUGUUGAUGAUGAAUGGAUUUCGAUACUACUGGCAUGUUAAAGAGGAGUCUAAAAGCUGAUGAGCGGCAACGACGAGUUUCAGGUAUGUAUAGAGCGAGUACUUACAUCCACAGAUGCAUGAUCUUUCUCUCGGGCAUUUACGAGCAUCGACUUUUGGAUGGGUUUUGCAUUAUCAUGGCUUCCAUUGUAUAUCCAGUUUUCAUAGACUAUUUCCCCUGCGCAACGAAAUAUAACCUCACUGCAAUAAUCUAACUACAUAUACUUAG